CUUCCGGCGGAAGUAACCAGCAAGGCGCUAGCAGCGUUAGCUUCCAGGCUCCAUUGUGCCUGUUGUCGGUUAGAAGACGGUUUGUCCGUGUGAGCUGAAUAUUUCAGAGUCUACAGUGACAAUAUCUUCGGUUAAUCUUCAAUCUUCAGCGAGAAUCAAUCAGACUAACUGCUGAAAUAUUCAACAUCGCAGGAGGAAGAGCGCCACCAUCAGAUUUGACACAUUAUGUCUGUUAUCAAGCAAGAUGUUCUUGCUCAUCAUUUUAUCCUCAACCAACAAGACAUCUCUUUUCUGAACCAGAGGGAAUCUCUGAAAACCAAAGGGAGAGCAGAGGAACCAGAGCAUUAGUCAGAACCAGACCUUACUGCACCAAAGCUAGAGAUGAAAAACGCAAUAGGAAGAGAUUCUGCAUCUCUUGAAAUCAAAGAAGAGCCAGAGGAACUAGAACUGCAACAAAUGAAGGAAGAUGAUUAUUAAUUAGGAUCUCUGCAGAUUGUAAAGAUUGAGGUUGAAGACAUCAGUCAGGAUGAAAACCAGGAUGUAGUGGACCAAGAGAUGGAUACCUUAAUGGGAACCAAUUCUGUAUCUCACAAAAUCAAAGAGGAAUCAGUAGAACUAGAACUUAAACAAAUAAAGGAGCAGGAAGAUGGAUCAGGACUUGAGCAGAUGGCAAACAUUGAGGCUGAUGGUAUCAGUCAGGAUGAAGACCAGGAAGUCCCAAAGGAGGAGAUUGAGAUCUUAAUCCUAAAGCUUUCUGAUGAUGAAACAAACCACCGACAACCGGAGCUCAAUGGAACCCAAAUCAUCUUCCAGAACAUCCCUGCAGCAGAUCAUCACCAGGGAAUAAAGACUAACGAAGCCUCGGGAUCCCACAGAGAUAAACAGAAGACCAGAAGUGAGAAUGAAGAGCAAAGGAUGAAGGGCAAGAAAAUUCAGAAGGAUAAAACAUUGAAACAGUGCAAAGUGUGUCAUAAAAGUUUCAAGUUCAACUGUGGAUUAACAGUUCACAUGAGAACUCACACAGGUGAGAAGCCUUUCUCAUGUAUAAUCUGUGGAAAGUCUUUUAAUCAAAAGGGUAAUUUGAUUAGCCACAUGAGAACUCACACAGGUGAGAAGCCUUUCUCAUGUCUAACCUGUGGGAAAAGUUUCAAUCAAAAACAUAUUUUGAAUUGCCAUAUGAGAACUCACACAGGUGAGAAGCCUUUCUCAUGUAAAACCUGCGGGAAAUGUUUCAGGCACAAAAAUGAUUUGAAUAGCCACAUGAGAAUUCACACAAGUGAGAAGCCUUUCUCAUGUUUAACCUGUGGAAAGGGUUUCAAUACAAAGCGUAAUUUGACUAACCACAUGACAAAUCAUACAGGUGAAAAGCCUUUUUCUUGUAUAACCUGUGAAAAAAGUUUCAAUCAAAAAGGACACUUAAAUAGGCACUUGAGAACUCACACGGGUGAGAAGCCUUUUCCAUGUAUGACGUGUGGAAAAUGUUUCAAUCAAAGAGGAAGUUUGACAAGCCACAUGAGAACUCACACAGGUGAGAAACCUUUUUCAUGUGUAAUUUGUGGAAAGGGUUUCAAUGCGAAACGUAAUUUGACUAACCACAUAAGGAAUCAUACAGGUGAGAAGCCUUUCUCAUGUGGAACCUGUGGCAAAGGUUUCAAUCAUAAAAAAAGUUUGACUAACCAUGUUAUAAUUCACACAAAAUAGAAUCCUUUAAAGUCAUGCAAAGUCAUGUGACCGGGCGAAGAAUGUAGCUUGUUAACCGUAGCUCCACACUUUUCCCUGAUGUACCUUUGUUUUUCCACAUAUGUGAUCUUUUGGUUGACAUGUUUACCAAGUAGAAAGGGAUGAUGACAUCGUCACAGAACCAAUCUGUCAAACAAGCUGAAAAACAAAUGAAUGUCCGCUCUGUUGACAGUGAAGAAACUAUUAACCUAGUUGAGCUAGCAGUAGCAGAAGCCAGAACUACGACAGUGGAAGACGUGGUUGCCCAACUUUCAGCCAAAACACAAGCCACAGUGAUGGAGCAGAUCGCUGAAAAUCUGACUGAGAUGAAACCAUCUGAGCAGACACCUCAGAGUGUUUAGAAACCACCAAAAGCCGCCUAACAGAUGCAGAUAGCCAUCUCUCUACAUUGGUGGGCAAGAUAGCAACACUGUGCACCACACGGAGGAAAAAGUAGCUGAUUUGGUGGAGAGGUUGGCCAGAGACUACAUAAAGAUAAAUGGGAUUCCAAAAACCCCUCAUAACAGCUAACCUUCUCACCUGUUUGCUCAAUGCUGUCCUGAAGUGGUUCCUGCCAUCAGUUGAAAUUGUGCAAAUUGGUCCAACGGGGAAAAAUUCCAACCGUAAGCCAAUUCUGUGUAUACUUCUGCUGACAUUUACUGACAGAGAUGGGUCCAAUGUUUGGAGGUAAACCAGACUUAUUAGGUGCUGUUUGCUAUGUUGAUAUAUAUAUAUAUAUAUAUAUAUAUAUAUAUAAAGAAUGUUCUGCCCUUCAUUGACCUCUAGUUCCAUAGUGACAGGACUGUCUAUUGGAAAGGGAACGCUCCUCUAUGUAAAGGAAACCGCGACCACCAGCCUGUCCAAUUUAAAUUCAUACUCAGAAUGUAUUUCACCCUCAAGAAUGGAAUCGGUUUGAAAAUGAUCGCAUUUCCUAAUUAUGACUUAAGCACACUUAAUUAUUAUUAAUGAAUAUUGAUUGUAUAAUCGUUGUAUUUGGGUUGUGCCAAUGUUUUUGUAAACCUUUUCCAUGACGAUGAGACAACAAAAAUGACAUGAGUAAGACGUCGGAGUUUUUUUUACCCCUCCAGGGUCUUUUGUGGCUCUAGUGUCCCUUAUAUGACAGCAGGCUGACAGGAAACGGGGAAGACAUGCGGCAAAUGUCUUCGGGUCCGGGAGUCGAACCCGCGACGGCCGCGUUGAGGACUCAAGGCCUCCAAAUACGGGUCAUGCUAACCGCUACGCCACCACGGCACGCCCAAGAUGUCGGAGUUUUAAUUGACACAAAACUGUUUGUGUUCCUCUCAGACAUCCAACAUGUUUGAUAUUUCUGCCUGUCGUAAUCUGCCAGUCAAAGCUGAACCGCAUCAGUAAUGCUGCUCCAUCCUGUUUGGCUGAAGCAUGAUACUAUGACUGAUUCACUUUUCUCUUUUACUAUUAGUAAAAUACUGUGGUUUGAUUCUUGAGUUAAAAUUUUUAUGUUGAAUAGGUUUGAUUUAUGGUAACAUAUUCCAUGAAGAAUGUUUCUGCAAGAAUGCAAUAUGAAAUUUGUUAUGGACAUUGUGUAGAUUUUCAUCCUACUGGUUGAAAUAUUCUGUUAUUGUUGAAGGCAAGAUCAGAAAAAUAGACAUUUAUAAAGUAAAAUCUGUUUGUGUAUGAAUUGUAUUUUCAGACAAUAACUUUAUGCCACAACUGGGCAAAAACAAAAUUCAUUUUGUGUUAUUUCAAGUGAAUUGAUGAGAAAGUAUUUACAUUUUACAUAUAAUUAUGUUGACUAGAUUGUAGAUUUAGUUGACUAAAUUGUAUUAAACAUGGUUGACUACAACAAUUUCUUUUGGCUAAAUGUAAAUAAAAAUUUGCCGUAGAAACUAA